AUGUACCUUUCCAUCUACCUCGUUUCUGCCCUAGUCGCGGUCUCAGCCGCCUUCACUCUCCCCGAGGGCACCACCGACGGCUUCUAUCUCGCUUACUACAACGAGAGCGGCCACGAGGUCCACGUCAAGGCUCCGGACAUGUCCUAUUCCCCGGCCGACCUCGCUCCCAGUAAGCCGGCGAUCCGUCAGCUUCGCAGCUCCGACAACCAGCUUCUCCCGCGCGGUGGAGGUACUAUCUGGUGUGGCUGCGAUUUAACGAUGGUCAGCCAAGACUGCGAUGCGGCCGUGGAGGACCUCAAAUCUCAACUGACCAAGUCAAUCGUGCCCCUCAUCGGAGCCGGCAAGGCGUGGUACUCGAUUCGUGGGGGCGUUGUCGCCUUCAUGUGCAACAAAAACCUCAUCUUUCCCGCUGGGGUCGGUGCCUCCCACUACGGUGGAGAUCUGGCAGAGAUCACGAAAGCCUGCGGGUUGUACGUUCCAGGGACGAGGGAGAGGGACGAGGGCCUGGAUGUGGGGUACAUGAAGAUGCAUGAGGGCCUGGACUUUUGCGGCGUUGCUCGGAGAGGGGCCGCGCACCACUGCUGA